UUCAACAAAAGUCAUGUCUUAUUAUCUCAUAAAACUCUCUAACAAAGUAGGAGGAGAAAGUAGUACGUAACAUACAAAAACAGUCGCGUAUGGGAUCCUUAGCAGAAGUGUCUGAAGACUGUUUUGGAGUCCUCCAACUAUACAGUGACGGGUCAGUUUAUAGGGCAAAUGAAUCGGAAAUUGAUUUCGGAGUUUAUAAUAAAAAGAAUAGCCAUGAAGUAGUUGGAGAAGGUUGUUUAGUUGAAUGGGAAGAUUGUUUGUUUGAUGAGAAACACCAACUAUAUUUAAGAGUGUAUAAGCCUAGUUAUAAGAAUAGUAACAACAAAAAGUUGCCAAUUUUGUACUACAUACAUGGAGGAGGUUUCUGCCUUGGCUCACGCACGUGGCCUAACGGUCAUAACUGCUGCCUUCGGCUGUCCUCUCAACUUCAAGCCCUUGUUAUUGCACCUGACUACAGAUUGGCACCAGAACACAGGCUUCCAGCAGCAAUAGAAGAUGGAUUUAACGCAGUAAAAUGGCUACAAAAACAGGCUAAACAAAGAGAUCAAGAAAGUAACCCUAGAAAUGACGACUACUAUUAUAACAAUCAAAAUACAUGCAAUAAGUUGCUGGAAGAUGGAGUUGACUUUGAUAAGGUUUUCAUAAUGGGAGACUCUUCUGGUGGAAAUAUAGCUCAUCAUCUGGCUGUCCGUCUAGGGUCCGGGUCACCCGGACUAUCUCCGCUCCGGGUUUGUGGGUAUGUGCUUUUAGCUCCAUUUUUUGGCGGGUCUCUUAGGACCAAAUCCGAGGCUGACGGUCCUCCUGAACCCGUUCUUACCUUGGACUCCCUUGACAGGUUUUGGAGAUUAUCUCUACCAAAAGGAGAAGAUAGAGAUGAUCCAAUAGCAAAUCCAUUUGGACCAUGGAGUCCAAACCUAAAAAUGGUAAAUCUUGAUCCAAUGCUUGUUAUAGUCGGUGGCAAAGAGAUAAUGAAAGACAGAGUGGAAGAUUAUGCAAAGAGAUUAAAACAAGUUGGCAAAGACAUCACUUUUGUUGAAUUUGAAGGGCAACAUCAUGGUUUCCUCACACACAAUCCUUGCUCCCAUGUCUCUGAUCAACUUUGCCAACUCAUCAAACAAUUCAUCUUUGCAAACAAAUAAUUACUCUCUUCCUUAAAUAUUUUUCACCCAUAUAUAUUGACACGUGUAUUGGACCUUUCCCAUACCCCGCGCUAAAUAGCGAAAGUCUUGUACAUUGGGUUACCUUAUUACAUCUAUAUGUAGUGGUUUCUUUUAGUAUAUCCAUAUAAAAUUAGUUGUUAUUUCUUUAUACUGAAUGUGAUUGUAAAUUCCAUGGAGAAAGUAAGUUACUUUCUUUCA